UGUCAGUGUCAUUUCCCGUGCCACAGAAAGCAGACGCCCCGAUAAACGCCUCUGCCUCGGGGGCCUGAAGAUGUGGUGCGGGCGCGCGGGCGUGGUGGGCGUGGUGGGAGCCGCCUUGCUACUGCUGGGGCUCACACAGAUCGUCGCGGGCAUCUAUUUUAUGCUGAUGAUGCCCAUUUUUCAACUAGGCUCCAAUAUCUGGACGGGCACUUGGUCUAGCAUGUGUGGGACCGUCGUGGCCACGAUCGGAUGGACGGGCCAGACCAUGCGACGGGGCCAGAUGGUGCUCGUGGCCACCCUGAGCGUCCUCGUGACCAAUGUGGCCAAUUUGGUUAUAAUUCAGGUCGGCGAGAACGGCGUGUUCCUGUCGGAGAGCGACGUGCGCGACAUCGUCGGCAACAACCAGGAGACCACCAUGCUUAUAGCGUUCUGGCUGACCACCGUCGUCACGGCCAUGGGCAUCGUCGUGAGCUUCUUCGGCGCGCAGUACCUGUUCUGCGUGGUGGUUCGCGGCCCGAGGGUCAAGGGGCGCAUGCCGGUCACCAGGUCGCUCUCGGAGGAGGACCUGCAUCACCGCCAGGUACACACCCCCCCGCGGCUGCGGUCCCCCUCCUCCGCGGGCGCCGGGGAGGUGGCCGCGCCGAGGGCGCAGAGGAGAAGCAGUAGUGUGGGUGGCGGAGUGCAAGUGCAUGGCAUGUCUGGUGUUGGUGAUCACGGUGAGGCUGACGGUGGUGGUGGCGGUAGCACUAGUGGUAGGACGCGGCUGUUGAGCGGCGACAGCGGCGGGGGCAGCUCCAGGGGCAGCCAGACGGGCAUCGACAACCCGUCGUCGCAGCCGGAGACGCCCGAGAGCUGCGUGCCGUACUUCCUGCGCAACCACCGCUCGGCGUGGCAGUUCAUCCUCCCGGAGGUGGUGCACGAGAUGAAGCAGAACCAGCAGUUCGCGGCGCGCGACCCCGGCGGCGACGUGCACUCGCGCACGUCCACGCUCUCCAAGGCGUCCAAGAGCUCCUUCCACCCCGCCCGCCCCGCCCCCUGCAACGACGCCGCGCGCCCCGACCUGGUGGGCUUCGAGGCGCAGCUGCAGCCGCUGGCGCACUCCCGCAGGAACUCCCGCGCGCCCUCCUCCAGCCGCAGCACCUCCAUCUACUCCAUCCCCGAGAGCUGCCACAUGCAGAUGACGCCGCGGCCGAAGGUGGUGCGGCCCAGCGCGCCGCCGCCGGACCCCCCGACGCCCAAGACUUCCAGCGGGUCCCGCAACAUGCGGGCGACGUCGGCGGGUGGGUGGGAGUCGUGCGCCGUGGUCCAGUACUCCCCGCAGGCCGGAGGAGGCUUCGUGGUGGACCUGGACUGAGGCGCCGCCCUUCGCUUCCUUGUAGUCGUAGUCCCUUCCCCUAACAGUCACCCACUUCCCCUUGCUCACCCAGGCGCCGCCCCCAUUUGUUUAGCAGCGUGAUCACGGACAUGGCCGGGGCGCGGCGCCGACAGGCAUCGAACUCGGGAAACCGAGAAUCUCAGUGUAAAAGCAAAAGGCGAGUGACAGUGGACAGCCCACGUGCUAUCAGCGGACGCGCCUUGCGUCACUCUCGCUGGGACACUCACGCUCAUUUCUCGAGAACAUUUCCUGUGGCUCAGCUGGCACCCCGCUCCGCCAGCCGGGAGAGUGCCACGAACGCUCAAUCUUAUGUACUAUCAUGUACUCUCUCCUGUACAUUGUUAUCCCAUACUCACACAAACUGUCGGUGACAUUUGUGUACAUUUUUUUCACACAGCAAAUAAACCAAAGAGAAAGUAUUUAUCUGUCUCCUUUCGCAUGACAGUCUGAUUCCCUUCCUUUAUAUUUUUUCUCCUCCAAAGCAGAUUAAAAACUCUGCCGAGACGUUUGUUAGUAGAAGACAAGGAAAAAAAAAGGAUAAUUCACACUAAUUAUCAGUCUUUCUAAGUAAAGAGGAUAUGAAUGAUGGUUGCAAAAGACGUACCUCAUACUUCUAAAUGGAUCUUUGUAGUGUGGCGCCCAUACUUACCUCGGCGCUGGAGUGUGACAUGACUUUAGGAUUAAUGUUUUAGGAUAAUGAGUCAUUUUUUCUGGGGCAAGGAUAGCUGUUUGACUAACUCCAUGUCGGGUGAGCAUGUUGAUGUGGCGACAGAGAGAUGAAAGUCAGGUUUAGGUUGAUUUAUUACACGAUUUUUUUUUCUUUUUCAUCG